GCGUUUUCCUUCAUUGGCUGAUAUAAUUAAGACCAAACCCUAACAAAAGAGGAAACUAUAUUUGUCAUCGAGCUACAGAAGUUGAACCAACGGAUAAGCCUUCGAACAUGUUUCUCAGUAGCAGUUUUGGGUGUUUAGCAAGACUAAUGGACAGCUAGAGCCACGUUAGUCCUGAUCUGAUGUCUGUUGUCGGGAAGACUGUCUUGUUGACGGGGAUUUCAGCUUGCCUUUUUCUAUCUGAUGCUGACGUGUGACAUCACAUCCUCCUGUAUGCUAAACAGGAAAAGGCCUUCGUGUGCUUAAAGGCAACAUCUACCACUUCCUCCACUAAUACCUUUACUUUCUGAUGAAGUGAAACACAGGACUGUGUUCAAAUCAACUUGGAUUAUUCUCGGUGGUCAGGCUACAGAGACUACAGGUAGUCACGUGAAAUAAAGCCAAAGUAACACAUCUCUAUUUUGACCACAUAAACAAAUCAAAAUGGAGGGUCUAAAUAGCAGCAUUUGUGUGAUCAACGACAACAUGGUGCCGUUCGCCACAAUCUACAUCAUCAUCUUCCUGAUUGGGAUGGUGACUAGCUUGGUGGCGCUGUGGGCCUUCAUAACUAGCCGUAGUGCUAAAAAGUGCAUCAACGUUUACCUCAUCAAUCUCCUAACAUCAGACUUUCUCCUCAUGUUAGCAUUGCCUGUCAAGAUUGCCAAUGAUCUGGGCAAUACCUCCAAAAGUUUGACCAUCUUUCACUGCCAAGUGAGUGGGCCGCUCAUCUACAUCAACCUGUACGCGUCCAUCAUCUUUCUAGCGUUUGUUAGCAUUCAGCGCUACCUCCAGAUUACCCGCAGCUCCAAACUGCUGCGGCUACAGGACGUGGGAUUUGCGGUGCUGAUGUCCUCUGUGGUCUGGUUCCUCGUACUCUUUAUCAACGUACCCAACAUGGCCAUCCCCAUCAAAAAGGACAUUGAAGAUAAAGUUGGCUUGACGUGCGCUGACUUAAAAGAGGAUUUGGGCAAGCACUGGCAUGCGUUGUCUGUGUUUCUGGGCAUGGCUAUCUUCUUCAACGCGUCGGUAGCCGUGGUUUUGUCCAACGGUCUGGUUUUGAGGAAGUUUUGGAGUCAGCAUGAAUCUGAGCCUGAGGAAAAGGCUAUCGCCCGACACGCCGUUGUAAACAUUGCAUUGGUGACUUUGGCCUACGUGGUGAGCUUCGUGCCGUAUCAUGUUGUGCGCAUGCCGUACACCUUCACGCAGAUAGAGGUCAUCACUAAAUGCACCUUAAAGAAGAGUCUCUUCUUGGCUAAAGAGUCUACUCUGCUUCUGGCCAUCCUGCAUCUGUGCUUUGACCCUGUGCUGUACUUUGUAUUUUGUCGCGCAUUCAGGUAUCAGAUCACGAAGGUCUUCACGAAGAGAGACAGCGUUCCUACUGCUGAUCCGGAGUGAAAAUGGUAUCGUGUGAGUGUUAGAUGCUUUGUUAGAUGCGAAUGUAAGGUUGAGAAAAAUAUCCCAGGAUUUAUCCUAUCAUUUAUAUGCUCUUUCUGAUGUACUCCGAGUACUGAUGGAGAUAGCUUAACUCUGUUUAAUGGACGUUGCAGCCACACUGUUUGGUUUCAAACAUUGCAGCCACACUUUUUUUCUACUGACGCUCGUGUGCGCUCGUUUGUGCGAUUGUACUUCCGAUUCAGUUGCCGAUGGAAGAAAUGACUAGGAAUAAAGCUGCGGUCACUGCGGAAAUUCUGUUAUACGGCGCUGCGAAAAGGGGCGGGAUUAAACAAGAUGAUUGAACGCUUUAAAAAGCGAGCGAUUGCUCCAUGUUUUAAAUUUCUGUCCAGAGGUCGUGUUCUGAUCCUCGAUUGGUCUCACGCAGUCAAGUGAUGCGAUUUCGUAGGUCAGAGUUAACCAAGAGUUUCCGGUCUGACGCGUUCACGUGCGUAUGAAUGGAAGUCUAUGGGGAGAAAAGCCCGGUGUGACCGCAGCUACAUAAACAGCAGAAAACGAUCAAACAACGUGCUUUUUAAACAAGUGAGUUUAUGACAAUACAUAAUAAGUUUAGCUAUAUAAUAUGGAAAUAUCAGUUUGCAACAUCAAGCAGCUUAACAAGCAGUUUUUAAUGUUUAGAAAUCAGUGAACGUAAAUGAGCAGACCGGAAGUCUUGAGUCAAUAAGAUUGUAAUGGCUGCUCGUACAUUAAGAAUAGGGGAAUCUGCUUAAGUCAAGUCACAACGUAUCGGUGACGUAUGGUAUACUGUUUCUGGGUCCAAGCCGCUACUCAUUUGAAUUGAGAAAAUAUUUGUUUAUGGACAGUUUUUAUUCCUAUUACACAUUAGAGUGAAUUUUCUAUAAAAUCAUGGUGCACUCAACAGUCUUGACUAGCUUCAUCAAAAUUACCAGAAUUUUUACAAUUUAUAAAAAAAUCAUCACUUUCUGGCCAUCGGAUAUUAGAGAUACAGUUGAAGUCAGAAUUAUUCGCCCCCCUUAAUUUUUAGCCUCGCUGUUUAUUUUUUUCCCCAAUUUCUGUUUAACAGAGAGAAAUUUUUUUCAGCACAUUUCUAAACAUAAUAAUUUUAAUAACUCAUUUCUAAUAACUGCUUAAUUUUUUUCUCUGCCAUGAUGACAGUAAAUAAUAUCUGACUAGAUAUUUUUCAAGACAUUUAAGGCUUAACUAGGUUAAUUAGGUUAACUAGGCAGGUUAGGGUAAUUAGUAAGGCCAGACAUAAUCUGCAGACAUUGUUCUGCUAUUUCUGCGCAGAAUUUUGUUAAAAAUCUGCGGAUUUAUGCAUUUAUGCGGAUUAAAAGUGACAUUUAAAGGCUUAACUAGGUUAAUUAGGUUAACUAGGCAGGUUAGGGUAAUUAGGCAAGUUAUUGUAUAAUGCCGGUUUGUUCUGUAGACUAUCGAAAUAAAAUUAGCUUAAAGGGGCUAAUAAUAUUGACCUUAAAAUGGUUUUCAAAAAAUUAAAAACUGCUUUUAUUCAAGCCGAAAUAAAGCAAAUAAGACUUUCUACAGAAGAAAAAAUAUUAUCAGACAUACUGUGAAAAUUUCCUUGCUCUGUCAAACAUCAUUUGGGAAAUAUUUAAAAAAGAAAAGAAAAUUCAAAGGGGGGCCAAUAAUUAUGAUUUCAACUACUUUAGAUCCCAAUAGCUGCUGUUUUAUAAAAUUCUAAAAAACUUGAAAAAACCAAACAAACAAAAAAAAUAAACAUCAACAACAAAAUAAAACUGACGAAAUUGAAACUCUAGAACAGAGAUGCUCAAAGUAAGGCCCGCAGGCCAAAGUUGGCCCAUGGUAAUCUUUGAUUUGGCCUGCUGUCCCAUCUGAGAAAAGCAGAGAUCGUCAUUUCGAAUUUAACGUGACCUUUUGUUUCUUUGAUUUAUAGCUGAGUUACAAACUGAAAUGAAUUGAUUCAAUUAAAUGUUGUAAAUGAAUCAGACUUUUAAAAUGUAAGACAUCUGCGAGCAAAUCAAAGUAAAGGCAGGAGCAGCUCGACUAGUGUCUUCCACAUUGUGUUAUAAAUGGGAUUGGUAUUAUUGUUUUUACUAUUAUAAGGUCAUUAUUAAAUGUUACCGCAUUAGUUAAUUUGAUUUAAAGCUAUGUUUUUCAGUUAUUUUGAAAUAUUACCGAAUAAAUUAGGUAAAUACCUAUGUAAUAAAUCUAUAUUUGGUCCACAACUCUCAGUCAAGUUUGCUUUUUGGCCCUUUAUAGGAAAAAGUUUGGGCACUCCAUGGUCUAGAAGCACAAUGUUCAUUUUGGGGUGAACUAUCCCUUUAAUGUACCAGACUUUUGUUUUACUGAGAAAAGAAAGACUUUUGUCUAGGAUGGCUUAAAGCAGGGGUCACCAAACUUGUUCCUGGAGGGCCGGUGUGCUGCAGAUUUUAGCUCCAACCCUAAUCAAACACACCUGAACAAGCUAAUCAAGGUCUUACUAGGUAUACUUGAAACACCCAGCCAGGUGUGUUGAGGCAAGUUGGAGCUAAACCCUGCAGGGACACCGGCCCUCCAGGACCGAGAUUGGUGACCCCUGGCUUAAAGUAUGGAUUUUUGGGAAAACUAUUGCUUCAAUAAACUGCAGACUGGAAAAGCAAGAAAGAGAACACACAAAGACGUUUGGCCAAAAUAAAGAUAUGCUGGACUUUGCUUACUACUAGUUCAUGGAAGCUUGUGUAUAUACAGUCUGCUUAAAUAUAAGACGUCUAUAGGAAUAAAAGCUAAAGAAGACUGUACAAUGAUUCUAAGAGAUAUAUAGUAUAUUGAAUUUGACAUACACUGUAAAGAAUAUCUGUUAAUGAACAGUUUCUGUAUGUAGUGAUUCACAAGACGAUGGAUGUGCUCUUCAGUGUUUGGACUUUCCAGCCUGAUCUCACAAGAAAACGUAAGUAUUUUACGUUGUCAGUAUAGUGGCGAAUUCGUACGAGUUCAGUCGUACGAAAUUGUACGAUUUUAAAAAGGAGGCGUGGCACCUAGCUCCACCCCUAAACCCAACCGUCAUUGGCGGAUGAGCAAAUCGUACUAAAUUGUACGAAUUAGAUCGUAUGAAUUAGCCACUAAAUCAAAAAAGUUACGAAUUGGCGUGAGAUUGCGUUAGACUGAAAAUUAAAGUGAAAAUUAAAUUAAAUUAAAAAAUUAAACCACACUGAACUGACCUGAACUUCAACUCUGAAAACUGGACUGACACUGUUUCAAUUUACUAGAACUCCUAUGUUAAGCUGCUUUGACAAUCUACAUUGUAAAAGCGCAAUAGAAAUAGAGAUGAGAAUUGAACGAGUGUUUUCCCUUUAUUUACUGUUGUGAAUUGCAUUACGGGACCUUGAUCUCUGCUCUGUCAACUUUUGAUGUUAAAACUUCAACUCUACUGUUUAACAAAGUGACUUUUAUUGACAUUUUAGUGUAGUUUGAAAUAAUAAAAUGUAUUAGAAAUAAUAUAAAGAGAAAUACGUCUGUAAAAUAACAGAAAGUGUACAGGUAGUUUGUUUCAAGGUUUUUGUAGCAUAAUAUACAACACCAAACCAGCCAAUAUAUCACUUUAAACUAUUAAAAUGUUAAUGAAAGUCACUUUACAAACUGUUCAAGGUUAAAAGGUGUUGGACAAAAGAUCAAUGUCCAGUCGGUGCCAAUGGCGUAGUGGAAAGUGCACCGACACAUGCACUGUGGUGUUCACGGCGACCCGAGUUCGAUUCCAGCCUCGAGGUCCUAUGCCAAUCCUUACCCUCUCUCUGCUCCCCACACUUUCCUGUCAAUUCUCUCAACGGUCCUGUCAAAUAAAGGUGAAAACCCCUAAAAAAAUUUAAAAAAAAUAAAUAAAUAAAAGAUCAAUGUCCUGUAACGCAAUACAAAAGCGUAAAUAAACGGGGAAAAUAAGAAAUAAAAACAUGACUCACCAAAUAUUAAAAACUGCUAAUCAACAGGUCAUUUUUACAGUGUAUAAAUGUUGCACUUUCAUUUUUAUUCAUGUAUAAACUGAUCACUGAGUAAAUGACUUGACUGAAUUGUAUUGCA